AGAGAGUUGGAAGUAUGAGAACCCACAAGGCCUCUCAGCGUUUGCCAUGCUUCAGUCUGAGCUCCAGGAAGAAAAAAGGAGGGGUAGUCCAGGGUAAAGUGCGCAUCCGCUCCCUGCCGGGGGCAUUCCUGGUGCUGGGGAUGAUAGUGGUGGUUGUUGGCACAACGCUGGCAGUGGUGGGGUAUUGGCCAUACCGGGUGCAACGAUCAGCAGUAGGUUCAGUGACUAAGAGCCCCUCUCAGGGAUCCAACUGGGGCCUUGGAGCCAAAGGGCUGUUCUCAACGGCGAGUCUGAUUCACACUGACAGGAUGAAACUACUGGGUCCCGUUAUUAUGGGAGUGGGACUAUUUAUUCUCAUCUGUGCUAACACAGUACUAUAUGAGAAUCGGGACAAAGAGACUCAAAUUCUGCUGUCUGAGAUGCAGAGUGUGAUGUGUACCAUGUCUACUGUGCCCUCAGCAGACUUCACGCAAGUAAACUCACUGAUCAGGCACUACCACUGGGUUGGCAGUCUGCCUGCAGCCCACUUGAACAUCUUGUGCCUUAAAGAACUGGCCUCCUCUGAUCCAUUGCUGCAGGCCAAGACCACAGAAGAAGAGAGAGUUUCACUUCAGAGAGAAGUGAUGCACACUGAGGUCCUUCGUCAUCAAGAGUCUAUGUUCAUCUCCUCUAUUCAUUCAUCAGACUCCUGCAACUCCAGCAAAGGAGUCAUCAGCACUUACCUGGAUGUAGAAAAGGGAGAAGACUGUGGCCCCCAGCCAGGGGGUCACUGUAACCUCAACAAGUACCUGACUUCGUCCUUUAUGUCUACCCCAGAGGGGGAGGACUGGGAGCUAACCAUGGUCCCUCCAAGGCGCUCCCAUAGUAUGAGUUAUAGAACUAACUCACACACAUUGUCCAAGCCCUUAGUACACUUGGAGGAAAGGGCAGUGCAGAAUACGCGUUGCCUUAAACAGUUCCCACAGUCAUGCAUCUCUGAGGUAUGUGUGAAUCAGCCAGGGAUUAGCACAAAAACUCUUGACUUGGACCUUGCACCUGUGGAGGGUCAGAAGCACCACAGUUGGCCUUGACCUGAUCGUGGAUAUGCUAGGAUGCAUCUCAAACAAUCUGGAAUGGUUUUUCACUUUGGGUCUGAAUUAUCUGGUUACCCAAGCUCAGCCAUUAUCCAAAAUGGAGCAGAUUCUUUACUUGUUUUGACAUCUGUGGAGUAUAAAGAUAUGCUGUGGUCAGCACCAUCUAUUUUGCAGUGCAUUCUAGGAUCUAUAAACAGACCUAUUGGACAAACCAACAGUCAAAUGUAUUGGAUAGGAAAUGCAACACUGUGUGACCAAAGACAACUUGACAGAUUGCCCCAUUUCUGUGUCAGUUGGACAAUAACAAAAAGGACUCUGCUUGUCACUGUAGCCAAACCUUUGCUUCUUUCCAGGACAUCUUCAGUAGCAUAGAGCACAGUCUAUGCUUUAUAAGUACUAACCUCCCCAAAAGGGUUUUUGACUGAUGGUACUUUAAGUUUCUGACCUAGUGAACUUGCGUGAGGAUGUGUUUUCAUUAAAGACUACAAACUUCUGUAAGUUGCUCUGGAUAAGGGAGCUAAAUGCCUUCAGUGUAAAUGUAAAUGUAUCAGUUUGAAGAUUAUAGAUACAAUAUAAAAAGGGCUUUCAUUGGAUUUGUGUGCAGACAUCAAUGCUAUAAAUAUCUACAGGACUGUUUAUUUAACCAAAGACAAAGAGAAAAACUGUAUGUUUUUGUCCAUUAUCAGGUUGUCAAUAACAAAACUUUAUUAGUUCUUUUUUAGAUUUGCAACGGGGAACAUUUCCAUCUUAGCCAGUACCUUUGAUUGUAGUAUUCAUGACCUAUACUCCUAAAGCUACCUCUCCCCCUGCUCCACAACGCAGCAGUAAAAGAACAGCAUAGAAGGGAAAGAUAAACGAUCAUACUGGCUAUGUUAUUAAAGUACACCCUGGACAUGUUUUGCCUGUUUUAUUCACACUGUGCAAAACAUUUGUUUUCUAAUUAAUGCAGAGAAGAUCUGUUAAAAAAUACAUUGAGCUCAGUUCAUAAAUAUAUGGAGCUCAGUUCAUGAGCUUAGUUUUGAUGAUUAUUUCAUGUCACAAAACAUACUGUUCAAUAAAAUGUUAUUUGUAUAGUGCUUUUAAAAAUAGACAUUUUCAGAAGGCAACUUUACAGAAAUCCGGGUGCAGAUUUAGAAGUGGUAUCUUCGGGGUGAUGCCAGAUAGUGGGAUUUAUAAAUCAUUACUUAUCUGCAGUUGUUUGCUAUUAAGUCAAACAGUAUGGAGUGUGUUUAAAGUAUGUGCUAAGUAGGGAAUUAGAGUCCUGGAAUAAGCACAGGAAAAUCUUUAUAGUUACAGCAUUUCUUAGGUAUAAAUCUAUAGUAUAUGGUGAGACUUGGGCAUGAACUGUUUUGGGAAGUGCAAUCUUUAGUGUGUCCAUGUGGGAUCGUUCACAGCAUCAGAGAAUGACAAGUGCAGAAAGCUCCAAGCAGAAGAAGUAGCAGGAGGAAUCAGGCCGGUCCAAAGGGAGAGAGGCGUCACAUCAGCAGAAAUGUGUCAGGACCAGUGGCAUCACACCAGGCAGCCGAAUUACAUCUACAGAGAGAGAGAGAAACAGAUUAUUAGGUAUGCUCUUAUCUUGCAGUGGUUUAAAAUGUUUUUACAGCUUUGAGCUAAUCACAUCUGAAGUUAGAAUGACAUGGUAUUCAGAAACUUUACCCACAGAAGUGGGGUGAUUGGUGUGUUGAGUGCUUUUGCCGAAUGAACACUUAUUCUUAUGGUGUAUUUUGAUAAAUGAUAUGAUGUAUUUUUGCAAAUCACUGAGAAUAUGACUAAGAAAAUUAAGACUCAGUACUAAAAUCACACUUAUGCCGACCUGUGGCUAAUGUGUGCUUCAAUCUUAAGCCUUGAUGCAUGACUUUGCAUGCUUGUGCAAAAGCAGCUGCAAUGCGAGUGGCAUCUUCUGCGUACUUUAUGCGCAUCUGGAGGAUCAAAUGCGACUUCUGCUAGACGGCACAUCAGAGCCAAGCGUCCCUGUGUGUAGUAUCCAAUUUAGCAGUUUUAAGCACAGCAAUGUUAAGACACACUGAUGAGCUCUGUCUUGCUUACAACUUUCUGCCAUCUUUGUGAUUGCUAUCAUGAGCUGUGUCUCAAAUUGAAAACUCUGACCUUACAUUUAAAAGUACUGACUAAUCUAGAAAAUCCAGAAGACUGGUACGUAAAACAGAGCUUUUGGCAGGUUUGAAGGCUACAUAAAAGUUUUUCAAAAAGCAAACGCUGACCGUAAUCGUUAAAUCAGGCAUAGUACUCAAUAAUGGUCGAGAAUAGUACACAAGUAUGUCAUUUAAGACACAAUGCUAGGUUGUUUAGUUUAGUUGCAUACCUGUGUCAGUAUAUUGCCCUCACUGUUGCACCACAUGGACGGAUAACAUUCAUUUUGGAGGACGUGCAUAAGCCACGCUCCAAAAGACCGCAGAACAUGCGCGGCAGCCAUCUUGUGUACACAUACGUAUACUUUAAAGCAAGUUUAAUUCAGGCUUUGGAAAAAAAAGGGUUCCUUAAGUGUUCCUUAAGGGCUCAUUGGAUAAUUAAGUAUAGGUCUUGGAACCCUUUCUGAAGGGGGAAUGGGUUCUACAGAGAAUCUUUAAGAGUUUCCUCAGAGGGAAAACUGAAGUUUUCUAAGUUUUCUUUUUAGCUGGUUAUUAGCUAUUUGGGGUGACAGGAGAAUGUGCAGCGUUUCUAAAUUGCAUAUUGUUGUAUGUUCGUGUAUGUUCAGGCAGUAAAACUGUAAACAUAUUCCUAAAGCAGUUGUAAUACUUUUGUAGGCAUUAAAAACAUUAAUAAUUUAUUAUACUACAUAUGUUACUUUUAAUGGGUUAAUAUGUUUAGGGCUACUUUAAGAUGACUGUUAUUGCAUGCAGUAAUGUGCAUUUUCCCUCCAGUAGGCAGAGCUUAAUUAAACUCUCCUGGCUGCUUGGAGAAGGUCCAAGUCAACUUUGUUUUCAAAUCCAUCUGUCUGUUGUUUUGUGUUUUCUGUAUGCUGCAUGUGUGUUUUGAUUGUACGCUAAACAACAUCUGUAUUCUGAUCGAUGGUACAUGUCCACCAACCACUGAACUGAAUUUCAUAUCUGUGUUCCAAAUAAAGGCAAAGCAAAAAAUUUGCUUUCCUACCUUUUAUAAAAGGGCUAAAAUAUUUAUUUUUGUGGUUGUUACUUUCACUGUUGCUAUGUGUGUAAAAGGUCAGGCAUGAUGCUUGCAUCCUAUCUUCACAGUGACAUGUGCUGUGUCAUUCACAACAUCACACGCUCUGGCUACAUAAAAUAUGUCAAUGCAUCAACCAAUGAGUUAUAAAUAUUGCACAGAGAAAGGGCUCUCUCAGGUGCUUCAGAGAGAUUCACCACACUCUGUUUGGUUUGUCAUUGGAGACAUUACUGGCCAUUAAAACAGCUGAUUACAAUAUAUAUUGCAUGAUAGUGCUGGAAAACAUACACUGGUUUGGCCAAAAGGGUGUGGACACCUGACCAUCAUGUCUUCCUGGAGCUCGCUUUGUGCACAUUGUCAUGCUGGAACAGGUUUGGGCCUCUUAGUUCCAGUGAAGGGAAACUGUAAUGCUACAGCACACAGAGACGUUCUAUACAACUGUGUGUUUCUGACGUUGUGGUAACAGUUUGGAGAAGAAGCCCAUAUGGGUGUGAUGGUCAGGGGUGCACAUACUUUUAGCUAUAUUGUCCAGCAUUUGUUAAGAUAGCCUGUAGCUCAAUAUAUAAAAACAUACUUUUACAGUGAAUUUAUUUGCAUUCAGCUACAUUCACGUAAUUUGGCUAUAUUUAUUAGAAAAUGUUUAUUAAUGUACAACAGUUUGUCAAAGCAAUCUAAAUUUUAUUUUAAGUUUAAUUUAAAGAAAUGUGAAGUGGAAGAUGAGGCAGGAGUAGAAGAAGAAAUUCCUCCACUGUAAUUAUCCUCAGUAGUGUACUUCUCUGAGGCCAACUUGUCCCCUCUUAUUA